AUGUACCCCCCCACUAAGAACUCAGAACAGGACCCCCAGAACACUUCCCCUAUCCUUCCCACCGACACCCAGAAAACUUCCCCCACCACCACCCAGAACAGGACCCCAUCCCCAAAACAGUACAUGUACCCCCCCACUAAGAACUCAGAACAGGACCCCCAGAACACUUCCCCUAUCCUUCCCACACCCAGAACACUUCCCCUAUCCCCCUCCGACACCCAGAACACUUCCCCUAUCCUUCCCACCGAGACCCAGAACACUUCCCCUGUCCCCCUCUCCGACACCCAGAACACUUCCCCUAUCCUUCCCACCGGGACCCAGAACACUUCCCCUGUCCCCCUCUCCGACACCCAGAACACUUCCCCUAUCCUUCCCACCGGGACCCAGAACACUUUCCCUAUCCCCCACCGAGACCCAGAACACUUCCCCUAUCCCCCUCCGACACCCAGAACACUUUCCCUAUCCCCCACCGAGACACAGAACACUUCCCCUGUCCCCCUCCGACACCCAGAACACUUCCCCUAUCCUUCCCACCGGGACCCAGAACACUUCCCCUAUCCCCCUCCGACACCCAGAACACUUCGCCUAUCCCCCUCCGACACUCAGAACACUUCCCCUAUCCCCCUCCGACACCCAGAACACUUCGCCUAUCCCCCUCCGACACCCAGAACACUUCGCCUAUCCCCCUCCGACACCCAGAACACUUCCCCUAUCCCCCACAGAGACCAAGAACACUUCCCCUAUCCCCCACAGAGACCAAGAACACUUCCCCUAUCCCCCACCGAGACCCAGAACACUUCUCCUAUAUCCCACCGAGACCCAGAACACUUCUCCUAUAUCCCACUGAGACCCAGAACACUUCCCCUAUCUCCCACCGAGACCCAAAACACUUCCCCUAUCUCCCACCGAGACACAGAACACUCCCCCUAUCCCCCACCGACACCCAGAACACUUCCCCUAUCCCCCACCGAGACACAGAACACUUCCCCUAUCCCCUACGAGACCCAGAACACUUCCCCUAUCCCCCACCGACACCCAGAACACUUCCCCUAUCCCCCACCGACACCCAGAACACUUCCCCUAUCCCCCACCGACACCCAGAACACUUCCCUUAUCCCCCACCGACACCCAGAACACUCCCCUUAUCCCCCACCGACACCCAGAACACUUCCCCUAUCCCCCACCGACACCCAGAACACUUCCCCUAUCCCCCACCGACACCCAGAACACUUCCCCUAUCCCCCACUGAGACCCAGAACACUUCCCCUAUCCCCCUAUCCCCCACCGACACCCAGAACACUUCCCCUAUCCCCCACCGAGACACAAAACACUUCCCCUAUCCCCCACCGAGACACAGAACACUCCCCCUAUCCCCCACGACACCCAGAACACUUCCCCUAUCCCCCACCGAGACACAGAACACUUCCCCUAUCCCCCACCGAGACCCAGAACACUUCCCCUAUCCCCCUCCGACACCCAGAACACUUUCCCUAUCCCCCACAGAGACACAGAACACUUCCCCUGUCCCCCUCCGACACCCAGAACACUUCCCCUAUCAUUCCCACCGGGACCCAGAACACUUUCCCUAUCCCCCACCGAGACUCAGAACACUUCCCCUAUCCCCCACUGAGACCCAGAACACUUCCCCUAUCCCCCACCGACACCCAGAACACUUCCCCUAUCCCCCACCGACACCCAGAACACUUCCCCUAUCCCCCACCGACACCCAGAACACUUCCCUUAUCCCCCACCGACACCCAGAACACUCCCCUUAUCCCCCACCGACACCCAGAACACUUCCCCUAUCCCCCACCGACACCCAGAACACUUCCCCUAUCCCCCACCGACACCCAGAACACUUCCCCUAUCCCCCACUGA